AGCUGUGUGUUGCUGAGCAGCAGCCAGUCGUCUUUUACCCCUCGUCUCGCUCCCUCGCUCCUUCUCUCUCCUUCUCUCGGACUCUCAUUCGCUCCGUAGCUCAGCGAACAGAAAGACCUCCUCCUCCUCCUCCUUCUCCACCUCUUCUUCUUCUUCUUCUGCUCUGUUAUUCCAGCGUAUCUCCCCCUGUCAUCUGUUAUCUGUUUCCUCUUCUUACUCCAGCCCCCCCCACCCCUCGCUGUCAGGGGCAUUAGUGGGGGUCUUGGAGUGUGUGUUUGUGUGUGUGUGUUGGGGGGGUUCGAACAUGGAAGCGCAGGCACUGUUUACGUUUCGUGCCACGGAGAGCGAUGAACUCAGCUUCAGCAAAGGAGACUUACUCAAGAUCACCAACAUGGAGGAUGAUCCCAACUGGUACACAGCUGAGCUCCACAACAGGAAAGGCUUUGUGCCGAAAAACUACAUCACCCUGCGACCACACGCGUGGUUCGCCGGGCGCAUAUCUCGCGGCGUGGCAGAAAGUCGACUCAGACACAGAGAGUGUGGAGCGUUUCUGGUCAGAGAGAGUGAAAGUGCUCCUGGGGAGUUCUCCAUGUCCGUCAGUUACGGGGACCACGUCCAGCAUUUCAAGGUUCUGCAGGACCGCUGUGGUCAGUACUACGUGUGGGACGAGGUCUUCUCCUCCCUGAACGAGCUGGUCGACUUCUACCGCAGCAACAGCAUCGCCAAGGAGAGGACGGUGUUUCUGAGGGACCCCGAGCACUUCGCCAGGCGCCCACAUCACGCCCACGCGCUCUUCGACUUCACCCCCCAACACCCGUCCCAGCUGCGUUUCCUGCGCGGUGACGUCAUCGAGCUCACCGACUGCUCCGAGUCGGGGCGCUGGAGGGGGCGUUGCCACGGCCGCGUGGGCUUCUUCCCCCCGGAGUACGUCCAGCCCAUUUACCAGUUCCAGUGACCUGACACCGUUUCGCCCCCACCACCUCCACCUCCACCUCCACCUCCUCCACCACCUCCUCACUCUGCACUAGCCCUUCAAACUUCUGGAGACGCAUCGAGCCACAAAUGAACUGCUCGUUACUGACUCCUCCCAUUUUCACCAACGCCCCCCCCCCUCCCUCCACCACGUCUAAAUAAACUCCAGUGUGGACCAGUACACUGUGGAGACACUCAUCAUCAUCAUAUGUUGCAGCUGAUGUCGCCACUGGUGCAGGAAACAUAAAAGGAACACAAACACUAUCCUGAGUGUGUGGGAGCUGGUGCACAUCCAACUGCAGGAUUUAGACACCAACACUCAACGGCAGAGCCCCCCCCCCUCCCUCCGUCCCUCCCUCCCACCGGGCUGGUGUAUGCAUGUAUGUAAAAUGUGCGUUUGACCACAUUUAACCUAAAAAAAAAACUCUACACGUUUGUAUGCUACGAGUGCAGCCCGGUGCAGCUUGUUCCUGUGUUAAUGUGAGCGCUGUUUUCUAACGGCGUGACGGACUCCAGUCUGUGGAUCAUCUGAUUGUUUCUAUGUAUUUAUUCUCAUUCACCGGGGGAAAGAAAAAAAAAUACAUUUACUGCAAGUAAAAUUAAACAUUGUAUAAAAGGCUUCGUUUCUGUCGCAUUAAAGGAAACCCGCUUUUCAUGAGACGAACAGUUGGAUCGUGGACCGGUCUUCCUUAACCUGUAAUGACAAAUCAUUUCAAUAAACAUUUUCCUCUUUGAAA